AUGGCCGAAUACUGGAAGUCCACCCCCAGAUACUGGUGCAAGCACUGCUCCGUCUACGUCCGCGACACCAAACUCGAGAAGCAGAACCACGAGGCAACCGCGAAGCAUCAAGGCGCCGUCAAGCGUGCCCUGCGGGACCUACACCGGGGCCACGAGCGGGAAGAGAGGGAGAAGGAGCGCGCCAAGAGGGAGAUCGAGCGUCUCAACGGUGUCGUCUCCUCAGAUGGCUCAGGAUCUACGUCGACGCAUGCUGGCCCUUCCUCAAGAUCGAGGCCCGGGGCCGGGGCGGGAGCCAGUUCCGGAGGAGGAGCAGGUGGAGGCGGCCCGCUGUCGGAAACAGAGCGCAAGCGCCAGGCCGAGCAGCUCGACUCACUCGGAGUCAGCCUCCCCGACGAGUUCAGGAAGGACCUGGCCAUGGCGGGCGACUGGCAGGUGACGUCCACCACGAUCGUCACCGACCCGCCAGCGGACGGGGACACACCGGGCGCUUCGGCACGCGGCGUACACAAGCGCGAGCGCACAGACGAGGAGAUUGAAGAGGAGAAUGCUAUCAAGGGGCUCUUCAAGAAGCCAAGACGCUGGGGCCGGGACUCCAGGACGGCCGCAGGGGAUGGUGACAAUGCAGAGCUGGAUGCCUUACUAAGUGGGGGCCUUGUCGUCAAGAAGCAGGAAGAAGACACGGUGAAGAAAGAAGAGCAUGUUGAGCCUACGGCUGAAACUGCGGCGGUCAAACAAGAAGAUCCGGAGCCUUCUAUGGUCAAGAAGGAGCCAUCAGAGGAAGGCGUGCCGCCACUGGCAGAGGUCCCGACAGAUCCCAGCCCGAAGGCCGAGAAGCCUGCUCUCAAGACAGAGGAGGGCGCCAGCGCGGUCGAGUCGUCAGAAGCUCAAGACGUACCCGCGGUGACGUUCAAGAAGCGGAAACCGAAGAACAUACGGCAGAAGUGA